GAUCGCCCCCUUCUCGUUUGCUCACGUCGUCUGUUAAAUGCUGUCGUCUGCUAACUAUUGAUAUCAACGAACUGAGCAACCAUUGGCUGUCGUCUGCUUAUACGCGUAGUUUACUUGUUGGUGUUUUGAAGGUGGACCUUGUUGUGCGCAAAACAUCACUUCCACUGUGGCUUGGAACGGAAGAGUUAGGACCGGGGUCAGAAAGGGGUUGCGUAUUUAUUCUCAAAAACUGUGUUUGUCCUGGUCUAACACCCUGCAACGUACAGUUAGCUAAAGCUGCUACACUGUAACUACUUUGGAACUACCUUCAAGAACACAGCAACAACUUGAUGACAAUAGACACAACGAUGAGGACGUUCCUUGGGUUGAAAAUCUUACUGCUCCUUCUGUGUCAGAGUCACAGUGCAGAACUCAACGACGAAAUCGUCGGGCUUCCAGGACUCAGCGAACCCAUAUUCUUCCGGCAGUACUCUGGUUAUCUUCAGGCAGGGUCUACACGCAAGCUGCAUUAUUGGUUCGUAGAGAGCCAAAACUCGCCGCGGGAUGACCCGGUUCUUCUUUGGAUGAAUGGCGGUCCCGGAUGUAGUUCUAUGUUGGGCUUGCUAACAGAGUUGGGUCCAUUCCGCAUUGAUAAGGGAAACGGGACGCUUCAUCUCAAUCCGUACAGCUGGAACCAGGUGGCGAACGUCCUUUUUCUGGAAGCACCUGCCGGGGUGGGCUUCUCCUACGACACUUCAUAUCCGAGGGAAUACCUCUGCAAUGACGAACAAACAGCAGACGACAACUACAUCGCCAUCCUCCAUUUUUUCGCCAAGUUCCCAGAGUUGAUUCGGAACGACUUCUACGUGACAGGCGAAAGUUACGCUGGUGUCUAUGUUCCUACACUUGUACAGCGUAUUCUUACUCGUGACAAUAACAUCAACCUGAAGGGUUACGCCAUUGGAAAUGGUUACCUUGACGAGCGUCGUCUCGGAAACUCUCUCGUCUUCUUCGGGUACUAUCAUGGACUCUGGGGAUCAAACCUAUGGACAAGACUUACCCAGCACUGCUGUAACGACAGUGUCUCGCAGCAGGCAUGUCUCUUCCACGCCUCUUCAGGGCCACACUGUGCGUCAGCUGUUGAGGAGGCAACUGGAAUCACCGAUGGCCUUAACAUAUACAACCUAUACGAUCCUUGUCAAGACAACAACAAACAGGAAAUGUUACAGGCAAAUCGUGCCUCUGAACCAGCAAGUUUAAUUACGCGUCAUGGACGGCACCUUCUCAGGAGAACGCUCGGAUUAUCCACAAGGAGCUCUCGCGGAACACUACGACAGGCACCGGAAUGCGUCAGUGACCGAGACAUCGCCAACUACCUUAACCAGCCAGAAGUCAAGGCAGCCAUACAUGUACAGGAAACGCCACUGACCUGGACAUCGUGCAGCGACAGCGUAAACACAAACUACGUGUGGCAGCACAGCACUAUGUUACCGAUACUGAGGGCUCUCAUAGACUCUGGGAGGUUGAAGACACUCAUCUACAACGGGGACGUGGACAUGGCUUGCAACUUCCUGGGGGACGAAUGGUUCGCAGACUCCUUGGGAUACGCGCCCACAUCUGGAUACAAGCCGUGGAUUGUCAACAGCCACGUGGGAGGUUUCUUUAAAACCUAUCAGAGAAAUCUUACAUUCGUCACAGUGAAGGGCUCCGGCCACAUGGUACCUCAAGAUAAACCAGCGGAAGCCCUGCAUAUGAUAAGGAACUUUUUGACGGACCAGCCUCUCUAAUCCUUCGAUCGUCACGCUUCCUGUUCAAAAUAUCGAAUAAAGCGCAAUCAUUCGGAAUCAAUAGCGCAUUGUAGAAGAGGCUACAUCUCAUUGUUAUAGGUCGUUCGGGUGGGUCCGGGUCGGGUCGGGUCGGCGCGUAAACGCUGAUGCUCGUCGUUGCUGACAACCGGCCCUGUGGAGCCUGGACCGACACCCUGGCAACACCGUCCGUGCCCUGCAGAUACUGCCCCGACUUUGUGCCGUGAUGAAUCAUGAUGAAAGAAAUAAAUGAAAUGAGAUAGGCCUA